GACAUGCUAACUAGACUGCCUUCACUAAGAGCAGUUGCGCUAGCUAUGACAGACCAACGUUAGCGGUGUUUUAUUAUUUGCUGUCAGUUAAUUAAACCUACAUGUUUACCGCGUUGUCGUAUAUUUACGUUAGCUGUAUUCAGAUGUUCAAAUAAAUCUGAAACAAGUUGUGUUAGUGUGUGCUUAGCCUAGCUAGUUUUAGCUAUUACUGCCGUGUGGCCGCUGUCACGCCAUCACUAUCAGGUUCUUCUGCGGACAGGUCAAACUGUGCUUUUUGUCUCACGACUCACAGCCAGAAUUUAAAAGGUCUUGCAUGAGGUUUCUGUUUGGCCACUGAAAACAUGGCCAGUCCAAAUGAUCUACAGUUCCAAGAGUUUGAGGAAGCAGCAGAGCUGCUGUCUGCAAACCCAGAGGCCUCCACAAUCCGUUUGUCUGCGCCAGACAGCCCCGCUACAGCAGGAGGAAGAGGAGGAGGAGGAGGGGAUGUGAAAUUAGACCUAUCAGAGGACGAGGAGGGUCAGGAGGAGAGCUCAGAGUUGUUAGGAGGACAGAAACCAACUGGUGGCUUCUGGACCUUUGAGUACUAUGAGUCUUUCUUCAAUGUGGACACUGUGCAGGUGCUGGACAGACUGAAGGGAUCCGUGUUGCCGUUACCCGGAAGAAACUUUAUCAAACACUACCUCAGAUCUAACCCAGAUCUGUAUGGUCCAUUCUGGAUCUGCGUGACACUGGUGUUCUCAGUAGUGAUAAGUGGGAACGUGUCCACCUUCCUCAGUGAGAUGAAAAACCCUGCCUACCACUACAGACCACAGUUCCACAGAGUAACUAUAGCUGCAGUAGUGAUCUUCAUGUAUGCCUGGCUGGUGCCCAUUGGCUUAUGGGGUUUCCUGACGUGGCGGCAAGGGACUGAGAGACAGACUGGAGGAUACUCCUUCCUGGAGACAGUGUGUGUCUACGGCUACUCUCUCUUCAUCUAUAUUCCCACCUCAAUUUUGUGGAUCAUCCCAUUUGAGUGGCUGCGCUGGAUGCUGAUCCUGGUUGCCAUGGUGAUCUCGGGCUCAGUCCUAGUCCUCACCUUCUGGCCUGUUGUCCGUGACGACACCAAGGUGACGGCUGUGGCUACAGUUGUGACCAUAGUGGUUUUGCACACGCUGCUGGCGAUAGGCUGUAAGCUGUACUUCUUCCACACUGAUGUCUACGCACCAGCACCCGUCCCCACAACCCCCGCAGUUCACAUAACACUGGCCACCAAGGCCCACUGACCCAGGGGAAGGAGGAGGAGAAGGGAGCGCUGGCUGAUAUAAAUCCAUGUAUAGACAGGCUUGUUGAGGCAAUGUUGAUUAUUGCCAUUGUGUGAUUCGUUGUAUGUUUCCCUUACGUGCUGGGAUGGGUGUGUGUGUGUGGUUGUUUGUUAAUUUAUUCUGAGGGUGGUUCUACUGUAACUGAAGUAGCAAUUGUUCCUUGCAAUAACUGUACAUUUCUGCCGUGCUGUUUCAGGAUGUGCUGCAUGUUUAGAACGAUUUCCUUCAUUUCAUCAGAAAGACUAAAAACGCAAGAUGCAUCAAGUGAAUCACAACUCUCUGCGGCUGCCAAACGUUCCCUCUAACACAUCACAUGGAAAACAAUGGAGUUCUUAAGUUUAGAGAAAUAAACUAUGGCAUCACAGGAGUACGAGUUACUUUGAUAAAUUUAUUGUUGGUUUGCCACGAGGGUCGGCGAUCCAAGAAAGUGAUGACACGUCACCUGGUUUGUUUGUUUUUUAAUCCGCUAAAACUAAAAUACUCAUGUGAUUGUGUGGGAUGUUUCUACUUGUGACCAAAUGCGUCCAAAGCAGAGCAGCAGUGUGGGAUUAUUUUCAUUAUUUUCAUUAGAUGAUUUUCACACACACACACACAACACUUUCUAGAGUUUAACUCUGAAUGGAGUCCAACCACUCACCUCAGCCGGUGAUUUCCCUGUUAGGUUCCUCCAAAUUUCUGGAAAGAGUCAAAUUGUAUACUGCCGUCACACAUUGUGUCUCAUCACUGAUACUAGUUAAAUAUUCUCUCCAGUAAAGCAUUUGGAAUUUUAUGAUGAAUAUGUGCUGGAUGCUGUGAUAAACUGUAAUCAGCUGUGAUCACAUCAACAGUACACAUUUGGUUAUGUUUACUUACCACAAAGGAUCAGAUGGACACUUUGUCAGUCUGCCUAGCGACACGUGUGAGUGUCACAAGUUCUGUCAUGUCUGAGCCGCACGCCGAGCUCCUGGAUGAUUGUGCCAGGGGGAGGUCUGAAACACACAGGAUACAUACACUUUAUUGUGGAAAGAUGAUUUUGUUGUUUGCUAAUUGAGAACAGCAGACAAACAUUAACACAGUUUGUUUCAGAGUUCUAAAAACAAAACAAAUUGUUACAAGAACAUACAUUUAGAAUUGCCUUCCCAUCAUCAUCAGUGUAAAUGACCAAACACACUUCUUUGA